AUGGGACGUGAGGAGCAUGGAGGGACUUGGCACAUGGACGCAGCUCAACUGGAUACGCAAAGGAAGAAGGGAGAAGCCAUCUUGAAGACCAGCUCGACCGUCUACUCGACCAACCGGUCGAGUUCCUCAACUCGACCGGCCAAGCUUCAACUCGAUCGAGCUGAGAAGUCAAAGUCAAACCCGAAAAAUGUUGCUUCCCCCUUGACUUCCUUUGACCCUAAACCUAAUCCUCUUUGUGUAUGCGAACUCGAUCGAGUCGGUCUAACUGAAGACUUGGUCGAGCUAGACUUACAACGGGUAGAAAGAGGGUUCAGAGGUCACAGAGGGUACAAGAGGAACCUGAGGCAAACUCGACCGAUUGGUCAAGGAGAUGCUCCAAACCGCCACCAACAGAGACAAGGGAUUGUUCCACCACCAGUGCAGAACCACAACUUUGAGAUCAAGCUGGGAAUGAUCAACCUUGUCCAGAACAAGAUGUUCCAUGGAUUGCCAAGUGAAGACCCCAUUGACCACCUUGAUGAGUUUGAUAGGCUUUGUGAUUUGACAAAGAUCAAUGGUGUCUCUGAAGAUGCCAUCAAGCUGAGACUCUUUCCUAUGUCUCUAGCUGACAAAGCUCACCAAUGGGAGAAGAGCUUGCCCCAUGGCACAAUCACCACUUGGGAUGAAUGCAAGAAGGCCUUUCUUGCUAAGUUUUUCUCCACCGGUCGCACAGCCAAGCUUAGAGGAGAGAUAUCCAGCUUCAUCCAGCGAAACAAUGAGACAUUCGCAGAGGCUUGGGAGAGGUUCAAAGGCUACACAAGUCAGUGCCCACACCAUGGAUUCAACAAUGAAUCACUACUCUCCACUCUUUAUAGAGGAUGCUUGCCUAGGUAUAGGGAGAUGCUAGACACAGCUAGCAAUGGGAACUUCCUCAACCAGGAUGUAGAUGAUGGCUGGCAACUUGUGGAGAACAUGGCCAUAUCAACAGAAUGCUAUGGAGAGCAUAUGAAAGUACAGACUGGAGCUCGACCGCGCACUCGAUCGAGCUGGACGCUCAGAUGA